AUGGUCCGCGUAAAACGCAAUGUUCUUGCGGCCGCCGAGGAGUCGGCCACUCCUCCCAGCGCUCUCGAGCCCAAUCAGUCGGUAGCCAAGGUCAUCAAGGCUGAGGGCAACAACCUCUAUACCUGCCUGCUUCCCAACAAGAAGGACAUUCUGCUCGAGCUCGCCCAGCGAUUCCGCAACACCAUCUGGAUCAAGCGUGGCGGCUACGUUCUGGCUGAGCGCUACGACGCCGACCAGCUGAACGGCCGCGUCCUGGGUGAAAUUGUCAAUGUCGUCGGUGACGAGAAGGCCUGGCGCAAGCAGCCCUACUGGCCCAAGGAAUUUGGCAAGAACAGCGGCCUUGACGACGAAGACGACGAGGACUCAACCGUCGGGAAAAUGCCUCCCUCCGAUUCUGAGGACGAGCCGUGA